CUGAGAUUUUAGCGGUUGCCUCCAAAAACCUGGUUACAUGACCUUUAAAAAUAAGAGUGCUCUGGUUUCGAUAUGGUUGCUUUAUUUUAUCUUAUCGUUAAUACUAGUCAGUUCAUUCUUAAUACUGAAGGUAGUUUUCCGAAAACCAUGACAGUUACUUCGGAAGAUGAUGGGGGUAAUAUGCAAGCGCAAUUUACCUGGCGUUGGCAAUCAUGACGAACGUGAUGGCUCUUUUGUGUUCGCGUAAUUGAUCCCUGGUUGGUACAAAAGCGUGCAGUAGGGUCGUUGGUGAGAAGUAACUGGAAACACUUCCCGUCAGUCGAUAAAAUUACACAUACACACCUUGUCGUACCGGUAAUACUGUUAUACCGUGGACCUUUUUUUAAUGAUACUGGUGAAUGACUAACAAAUGCAUGAAUCCACGUCAUUAUGCAAGCGCAAAUGGAAUACAGCUUCAGUUAAUCGAAUUAACGCUUUUAUUGCAGCUGAUUGAACUCCAAAUAUCCAUUUUCGCGCGGUACGCAGUAAGUGAUGAGAAGGUCUCUUCAGGAUUAUAGGCCCAGUGUAUUCGUCUAGAGACAGCCUUGCUGUAACAGAAUGCGGCACAUCACGUCGUGCGCGGCGAAGGUUAAUAUUGCAAUUAAACUGUGCACUGCUUCUUUAUUUUUUGCUCAUUUUGGAUCACGAAAUUGCGCUACGUAUGCCUGGGACGUUCGGAAGUGUGAGGUGUCAAAUGUUAUAUCAACACGGCCGCAGAAUAAUAUAACAGUCUGUACAAUUAUCGAAGCUGGAAACCGGAAUUCUAUCAUCGACUAUGACAGAAUCGCUGCCGCACUGGAUAUUGCUGUGAAGCACGCUAAUAAGCUAAUUUUGCCAAACGGUUUUCAUAUGGUGCGCUUGCAUAAAAGCAGCAGCGGGACAUGCGCUCCAAAAAAUACGGCUUUGAAUCAGUUUCUAGAAUGGAUUAUGGAAGGUGUCGUGUGCGAUGUAUAUAUUGGACCGGGAUGCACGGAAGCCGUUCUCGAUAUUUACAAAGCAGCGGAAUUUCAGAAGAAAAUCCACAUUGCCGUACCCGGCCCUGGAUUAAGUGCCCGGACUGGACUGCCACGAUCUGACUUCCGAUAUCUGAUCCGCACGACAUAUACCGCUACUUCAACCGGCAAUGCUAUUGUUAGAUUUCUGGAUUUGUUUAAUUACACCCAUACCUACCUUAUCGUUAAUAAGGAUGAUCCGUUUUAUCUGGAGUUAAGCGAUAAUUUUAUUUUUUAUUUACGAGCCACCCGGAUUGAUUUGUAUAAUCAGUUUAGCAGUUCUUAUAUUUCCCGGAUUUCCACCGGAAACGCUUCCAUAGCCACACAACUGGAUAAUGUCUUGCGUGACGCCAAUACAUCUGCACGGGUAAUAGUUAUCCUUGCCAAUGCUACUAUUGUGAGACGAGCUUUGAUAGCGGCAAACAACCUCGGAAUGACUGACGGGCAAUUUCUUUAUAUCGGAGUCGAACUGUUCUCCAGUAGUAGUUGGGGGCGGUUUACCUGGGAACGAGGAGACAAAUUUGAUUCGAUUGCAAGAUUUUCGUUCAAAUCUCUUAUCUUACUGUCUAUUGCGAAAACCUAUCAAGGUGACAGUUUCAAAGAAUUCUCAGAAGCCGUGCAAGAUUUGGCACUGGAGAAAUAUGGAUAUCAAUACGGUGUUUUUGAUCAAGUUGACCCCAUCGUAAUGGGAUAUUACGAUGCCAUUGUGCUCUUUAGCACCGCCAUCAGACGCCUUUAUGAUGCCAAUUUAACGGUUCUGGAUAGCGAAAAUUUGUUGGGACAAUUAAAAAACACCACUAUUGUCACACCUUUGCAUUCAGUCUUUAAUAUUUCCGCCAGGGGAGACAGAAAAGUCAUGUUUGACAUGCGAAUAUUCAAUGAAGCACAAAAUUCUCAUAACCCGUUUCUUCGAAUCGAUCCCGAUACCGGACAAGAAGAAGCUUUAAUUUCUCCUGUGUGGCCGGGAACAUCGGGUGGUUUCUUUCCACCUGAUGUGCCGCGUUGUGGUUACCUGGGCCUCGAUUGUGUGAAAGAACCUCCAAACAUCGUCCUUAUAACGGUCGUAAGCAUAGUUGUGCUGUUAGCGGUGGGAGGAGGAAUGGCUGGAGUGGCAUAUGUGUUUGUAACAAAAAACAAAGGAUCUUUAAAGCCCAACUGGUGGCGAUAUCGCUUAAACGAAAUAGAUUUAGUUGAUCGAGUUCCUUCUCUGAAUAACGGACAAAGUCGGCUAGCGUCAAGCAUAGCGGGCUCCAAGCUUACGAAGUCCUCGUACUUCAACUCAGUUUCCCCAUGGAGGGCCGCUAUAUUACAAGGCACAACCAUUGGUAUAAAAGCAGUUCCAGACAAGACAUUUCGGCCUACUCCAGAUAUAAUUGCACAAAUGAAUCAGGUACAGCCGAUCCGGAAUUCAAACUUACAACGAUUUAUCGGCUUAUGCUUGGACGAAAUUAACUGGGUGGUGUACAUUAUGGCGGAAUUCUGCCAGAAGGGCUGCUUGGAUGACCUCUUGGAUCAAAAAUCCCUGGUGAUGGAUUGGUCGUUUAAGUAUUCUCUCGUUAGCGAUAUUGCCGAAGGAAUGUCUUGUCUUCACGGUUCCCCGAUUCAGUCGCACGGCUACCUGACAUCUCUGAAUUGCUUGAUUGAUGGACGCCUGUCUGUUAAGAUUUGCGAUUAUGGUGUAACCAGACUGCAAGACCCAAAAGAUGCAGCUCCUCUAGGAAACGAGCAAAAAGAGCGGGAUUACACUGUUCUGCUUUGGCGUGCGCCGGAAUUGCUCAAAUUACCGAUGCCCGUACGCGGCACUCAAAAAGGAGACGUGUACAGCUUUUCGAUUAUCCUCCAACAGAUAAUUUUACGCACUGGUCCUUAUGAAUCGCCAGGCAAUGCAGCGCAGCUGACUGACACAACUUUUGAAUUGUUAUGUGACAUUGCCAGCGGAACGUCUCCACCUAUUCGCCCACCUGUGCCGCGUGCCGCCUGUUCAGCUGAUUUAUUUGUCCUGAUGGAAAACUGUUGGUCGGAAUUUCCCGUCAAUCGACCGACAUUCCAAAAAAUUAAGGACACGGUGCGACGCUUAAGCGGUUAUGCUGGUGGGAAUCUGGUUGAUCAUUUGCUCAAGCGCAUGGAGAAGUACGCAUCGGAUUUGGAGGAGCAAGUUGCGUAUAAAACGCAGCAGUUUAUGGAGGAAAAGUUGCGCAGCGAAGAAUUGCUCAGUCAAAUGUUACCAAAAGCUGUGGCGUUGAGCUUAGUAAAAGGAGAAUCGGUACAUCCGGAAUUCUUUGAAAUGGUCACCGUGUACUUCAGCGAUAUCGUUGGUUUUACCAACAUCGCUGCUUCCGGUACCCCCAUGGAUGUUAUAUCCCUUCUCAAUGACCUCUACACACAUUUUGACGAAAUUGUAGAGACGCAUGACGCGUAUAAAGUGGAAACAAUUGGCGACGCUUACAUGGUAGCAAGCGGAUUACCCAUAAGAAACGGGACAAUCCAUGCCAAGGAGGUCGCCACAAUAGCUCUGGAGAUCCUGUCAAAAAUACCUGAAAUAAAAAUUCCGCAAAAGCCGGCAGAGCAUUUAAAGAUUCGUAGCGGAAUGCAUUCUGGUUCAUGCGUAGCUGGGAUUAUUGGGUUAAAAGCUCCGCGAUACUGCCUGUUUGGUGAUUCAAUAAAUACCGCAUCCCGAAUGGAAUCGACUGGCGAACCCAUGAGAAUUCAAACAAGUCAGGCAACCAAAGAUGUACUGACCAAUUUUUCGGGCUUUAUGCUGGAGAUGCGAGGUCAGAUUGAAGUCAAGGGAAAAGGCCUCAUGACGACCUACUGGCUGCUAUCACGCAAUGAUCUCGUUGAUAAAUGACGGUUAUUAUGUGCACUUUUUAUUUAUUAUGUGACGCAACUGAUGUUCCAGAUUUUUAUGUGUUAAAUGUUAUACUUUGAUUUUUCUGUUCUGGGCUAUCCGCACUAAAAUUUUAGCAAAACGUUUUACGGUCUAAUCCAAUUACUUUGAACUGGAUCUACACCAUUAUAAUUUAUACUGUUAUGACCGAAUGAUGACAUCAUGUCCCAUGGCCUAGUACAAUGCAGAUUAUGUGCAUAAUACGAGUAAUAUUAUAUUGUUCAAAGUAAAUGGUCUAAAUGUUUACGUUAGCAAUUUUUAACGUACUGAUUACAGAAUUCGGUAU